AUGCUCACGAGCUGCAAGGACGCCUGCGCGGCGCACCACGUGGCCUCGUCCUUCUACGACCUCAAGGCGAAGACCGCCGCGGGCGCGACGUUGACGUUCGACGCCUUCAAGGGCAAGGUCGUCCUCCUGACGAACGUCGCGUCCGCGUGAGGCAAGACGGCGGCGCACGAAAAGAGUGAUUCAACCUCGAAGACGGCGGCGCACUACUCGCAGAUGGUCGAGCUCCACGACGAGCUGGGACACGAGGGGCUGGAGAUCCUGGCCUUCCCGUGCAACCAGUUCGGCAACCAGGAGCCGGCGACCUGCGAGGUCGUCGCCGAGUUCGCGAAGUCCGCGUACGGCGCGGACUUCACGAUGAUGGAGAAGGUCGCGGUGCACGGGCCGCGCGCGCACCCGGUCUACAACUUCCUGCGGGCGACGACGGGCGCGACGCCGUCCUGGAACUUCGGGGUCUACUUUGUGGUGUCGCGGUCCGGCGAGGUCAAGGCCUACCCGGACGUCGCGCCCGCGCAGCUCGCGGGCGUGCUCCGGGGCGAGCUC